CCUCCGCACUGACCCCCUCCCUCUGCUCCUUGCCUUGCCUUGCAGGGAAGCCCAUGGAGUCCCCGCCCUGACAGGCAGAGGCUCGGGAGGCGCACCAUGCCCGGGACGCGGCUGCUGCUCCGCCUGGCUCUGCUCUGCGGAUGCACGCAGCUCGUGGCCGAAGCCAGCUCCUGGUGGUCCUUGGCGAUGAAUCCAAUCCACAGACCUGAGAUGUACAUCAUCGGAGCCCAGCCGGUCUGCAGCCAACUGCCAGGGCUGUCUCCAGGCCAGAGGAAGUUGUGCCAGCUUUACCAGGAACACAUGAUGUAUAUUGGCGAGGGGGCCAAGAACGCCAUCAAGGAGUGCCAGUACCAGUUUCGGCAGAGGCGGUGGAACUGCAGCACGGUGGACAACACUUCUGUGUUCGGCAGAGUCAUGAGCAUUGGUAGCCGAGAGACUGCAUUCACGUAUGCGGUCAGCGCAGCCGGAGUGGUGAAUGCCAUCAGCCGUGCCUGUCGCGAAGGGGAGCUCUCUUCCUGUGGCUGCAGCCGGACACCCCGGCCAAAGGACCUGCCUCGAGACUGGCUGUGGGGCGGAUGCGGGGACAAUGUGGAGUAUGGCUACCGGUUCGCCAAGGAAUUUGUGGAUGCCAGGGAGAGGGAAAGAAACUAUGCCAAGGGAUCGGAUGAACAGGCCCGUACUCUCAUGAACCUACAGAACAAUGAGGCAGGACGCAGGGCGGUAUACAAACUGGCAGAUGUUGCCUGUAAAUGCCAUGGUGUCUCAGGUUCCUGCAGCCUCAAGACCUGUUGGUUGCAGCUGGCGGACUUCCGCAAAGUGGGUGAUCUUCUGAAAGAGAAGUAUGACAGUGCUGCUGCUAUGAGAAUCAACCGCAAGGGCAAGCUGGACUUAGUGAACAGCCGCUUCAAUGCACCGACUCCAGAAGACCUAGUUUACAUUGAUCCCAGCCCUGACUACUGCCUCCGCAAUGAGACCACUGGGUCCCUGGGCACCCAAGGACGGCUCUGCAAUAAGACCUCAGAGGGCAUGGACGGCUGCGAGCUCAUGUGCUGCGGCCGGGGCUAUGACCAAUUCAAGAGCGUGCAAGUGGAACGCUGCCACUGCAAGUUUCACUGGUGUUGUUACGUCAAGUGUAAAAAGUGCACAGAAAUCGUUGACCAGUAUGUCUGUAAAUGAAAGGUCCACAAGAGCUACAAAUUUAUAUUAUAUAAAUCUAUAUAAAUAUAUUUUAUAUAUUUGUAUAAAUAAAUAGAUGGUGAUGUUGAUGUUAAUGAUAAUAAUUAAAGAAUCUUAUUUAAGAGACAUUUUGGGGGAAAGGGCCUAAAAAUGUUUCCUUUAGAAGAGGUGGCUGGUUGGGUUGCUCCUUUUCCUUCUUCAAUCAUUUGAGGAGCCAAAACAUGGCAACAACAACAAAACAGAGGGGGAUUUGUGUAUUGGUUUCCUUCUAUCUUUGAAAUAAUGUAGUCGGGAUAAAAGGGAAACCUGAGGGUCAGUGGAGAAAAAAGAUCUGACUGAAGCUCCUUUAUUCCAAAACCAGGAGGAUGAGAUAGGUUGUCUCUGUCACCUUAUGGCUAAAAUUCAUAUUGGGUGUUAAGUGCUUUUUGGGCACUGCCAAAGGAAGUGCCGUAGAUGCUCAGGUUGAUUUUCAAAAGGACUUUGAGACUUUUUCUGCUUCUUGUCAAAACACACUGUGGGAUACCAAACUACAAGGCUAAUGACCUGUGUUCAAUGUUGAAGGAUGGCUUCGAAGACAGAGCUAUGCAUGGUGCAGUCAACAUGAGGAUUGAAGAAAGACUGUUGCACAGUGACAGAUGGCUUCCCCACCCCAAAUGGGGAAGGAAAAUAUUACCUUUGACCUACAAGUGCUGCUUUACCCUUAUAUCCCGUCACAGCUUCCAGCAUCUGGUUCUUCUGCAUUUGGUGGAAUGCAGGCAAGAGGGAAUCUAGUGGGGAAAGAACUGGCUAUCUGUCUCUUGGACUGACUUGUUUUGCAAUAGAGACUAUGUUCUAAGUAAGUGUCACACAGGGGACUCAACAAACACAACACCCCACUUUCUGUGUGAACUUCGACUGGGAUGAUCAUUUUGACAAGCUCUUUUUCAUUCUCCUUGCCAUGGUCCUAGAUGUACAGUUUCUUUUUGACAUUAAAUAUCCCUUGUUCUCACCCUU